UUUGUUACAGAUGCCAGAAAAAUCCACACUGCCCCUGCCCGAAGCGCGUUCCUGCUGCGCCCCCUGCCCAUUCUGUUGGCGACAGGCGGUGGAUAUGCAGGGUACCGGCAGUAUGAGAAAUACAGGGAGCGAGAGCUAGAGAAGCUGGGAUUGGAGAUUCCACCCAAACUCGCUGGUCACUGGGAGCCCUGACCCUCUAACCUGCACCCUGUGAGCCACCGAGACUGAACCAAUCCCAGGAAGUGGCGCCACCAACCGGCCUCGUGGAGGCAGAGGCCCUGAAGCAGUGACAGCACAGGAGAUCCUCUGGCUCCAGGGAAGGGGAGGAAAGAGGAAAACAAAGGGAGUGAGCGAGUGAGCCUCGCCCCGCCCUCCCUGCGCCGGCCCAUGAUGUGUCAGUCAGAGGCGCGGCGAGGACCAGAGCUCCGUGCGGCGAAAUGGUUGCACUUCCCCCAGCUGGCCCUGAGGCGGAGGCUGGGGCAGCUGAGCUGCAUGUCCAGACCCGCUCUGAAACUGCGCUCCUGGCCCUUGACCGUCCUCUACUACCUCCUGCCUUUCGGCGCCCUCAGACCGCUCAGCCGGGUGGGAUGGAGGCCUGUGAGCAGGGUGGCUUUGUACAAGUCAGUGCCGACACGUUUGCUGUCACGGGCCUGGGGCCGCCUCAACCAGGUGGAGCUGCCACACUGGCUGCGUAGGCCUGUCUAUAGCCUGUACAUCUGGACCUUCGGGGUGAACAUGAAAGAGGCGGCUGUGGAGGACCUGCAUCACUACCGCAACCUCAGCGAGUUCUUCCGGCGCAAGCUGAAGCCACAGGCCCGGCCUGUCUGUGGCCUGCACAGUGUGAUCAGCCCAUCGGAUGGAAGGAUCCUCAACUUUGGGCAGGUGAAGAACUGCGAGGUAGAGCAGGUAAAGGGGGUCACCUACUCCCUGGAGUCAUUCCUGGGCCCACGCACCUGCACAGAGGACCUGCCCUUCCCACCAGCCACCUCAUGUGACUCCUUUAAGAACCAGCUGGUCACCCGAGAAGGGAACGAGCUCUAUCACUGUGUCAUUUACCUGGCUCCUGGGGACUACCACUGCUUCCACUCUCCCACCGACUGGACUGUGUCCCACCGACGCCACUUCCCAGGUUCCCUGAUGUCAGUGAACCCUGGCAUGGCUCGCUGGAUCAAAGAGCUCUUCUGCCAUAAUGAGCGGGUGGUCCUGACGGGGGACUGGAAACAUGGCUUCUUCUCACUGACGGCUGUUGGGGCCACCAACGUGGGCUCCAUUCGUAUUUACUUUGACCGGGACCUGCACACAAACAGCCCGAGGCACAGCAAAGGCUCCUACAAUGACUUCAGCUUUGUGACGCACACCAACAGAGAGGGCGUCCCCAUGCGCAAGGGCGAACACCUGGGCGAGUUCAACCUGGGCUCCACCAUCGUGCUGAUCUUCGAGGCCCCUAAGGACUUCAAUUUUCAGCUGAAAACAGGACAGAAAAUCCGCUUUGGGGAGGCCCUGGGCUCCCUCUAGAGCCUCUUGCAUUGUUAUGGCUGCUAAGGGAUCUUUUCCAAACACAGAGUGAGGGUCUUUUAGAGGGGAAGGCCCAUGAGGCCAUCCAGGUGAGGGCCUGCCUUGGGGUGGGUGGGAGUCUGACCAGGUAGGACUUGAACGAUUCAGCUCCCACAAGUUCCAGAGGUGUACAAAAGAGGGGGUGAGAGCCCUGUCAUGCCCUCAAAGUAUCCCAUUCCUUCCCUACAAAUAAAAAGUGCAGGCUGGAACGAUCUGUCACAUUUGGAGCUUUUUAAACAUUGUAUAAAUGGGAGACCCGCAUUCCUGACUGAACCUUCAGUUGGUCUUGUCAUUUUAAGAUGACCGGUAAUAUCCCUUCUUGCUGCUCCUCCCCAUCACCUGGGCUGUUUUCUGUUGGCCCAUUUUGUUUUUUGGCCUUAACUCUCCUGCUGCACAGGGUGAGGUGCCUCCUGGGCACAGACUGUGGAAGCCCUUCCCCUGCCUCCCCCAGCAGAGCCACACAGCCUUCAUGACAACUGCUUUCUGUUCCCAAAUUCACCUCAUCCUGCUCUUUAGAAAAAGCAAUCUUUGUGCUUGUGGCUGAAUGCAUCACCCUGGACUCUGCCAGUGUCUUCCGAGGACACUGAUUAACGAUACAGACCUUUGCAGGACCUGAUCAGUGACCGUCUGGAGCUGGCCAGGUCCUCUGCAGCAGGCAAGACCGAUCGCUGAACCUGCCUCAUGGUUCCAUAGUGAACAGAGCAGGCAGGUGGUAGGCCCAGCUAGGGACAGGGGAGAGUGUGUGUCCCCAUUCCCAUAUCCCUACGUGAAAUAUGGGAAAGUUGCUGCUACGGAUUCAGGGUCUGUCUUGGAGGCAGAGGAGCCUUGGUGGAUGGUUGGUCAGUACCUGGAAAACCUGUCCCAGUGGACAGAGCCAGAGUUCAUGCUGACCCUGAGGACAUUGUGAACUUCUCCUGCAGGAGAGACAUCAUUGAAUUUUUUCAACUGUAUCAGUAGCACAGUAUUUUUGUAUGAAAAGUGGGAGACUUCUGAACAGUAAUUCAUUUAAUUGCAAAACAUUUUGAAAUAAAAAAAUAAAAGUCA